UAUAUCUUUUCGUUAUUAUUACUUGUCAAUGCACAAAUAUCAGAGAAAGACUACUCACCAUUGCUUGACCAAAACACUUCGCCUUCCAAUCCAGGCAUAUACUUGAGGUUAAUGCCAACUGGGUUGGCUUAUAUGCGUGAGAUCGGCAUGAAGGUAGUGAAUGAGCAGAUAGUGAAGCUUUCGUUGCCAACGAUCCGAGAGCGGAUAGAAAACGGCGAGGUAUUCAUCUAUAAUGCUCGUAUCUCAAAGUACUGGCCACCUCAGGAGUAUUCACUAGACCUCGUCGAGCCGAAUAUGUUCCAGUGGACCAUGUCGAAGAUGCAUAUCCGGGCUGCAGGUGAUUUCCAAGCAUCCAUUGUGAAUCCACUGCUGCUUACGGUGCCAAUUACUGGACAUUUCGAGGCAUUGCUCGGUCACGUCGCUCUUACAAUAUCAGUCCGACUAGAAAAUACCAUCGGAUCACCUCAAGUGCGAUCGGCGCUCUGCCAGUCGAGCAUCGGUUAUGUCGACCUGAAUGUACGGAACACCGGUGUAAUCACGGACUUUUUCAUCAAUGCCUUCAAAGCAUUUCUUAUUGCCCACUUCAAACCGCAAGUGGAACAGCGAAUGUGCCGCAUGAUCGAAACGUUAAUCAAUCAGGACAUGAAUCAGCUGCUUAGCACUAUGCCCCUCAAGGUGCGAAUCAACGAGAACAACCUGGAUAUUAUUGGACAGACAUUUGGGAUAAUCAAACCGAAAAGCAAGAUACUACAGCAGAGCAUGAAGAAUUUCACGUUGAUUCAUUUUGUGCAAAACCUUCGCGAGAAGAACCUCUUCCUCGACUACCAGCUCACUUCUGAUCCGUUCGUACAGAGUGGCGCCAUCGCAAUGUUGGCUAAAGGUGAAAUCUCAUGGCGCGGUAACGGCGGCACACCAUUCUUCCCGCCCAACAUUCGAGUACCCCUUCCUCAUGGUGUCCAUAUGGUCGAAUUUUACGCAUCAGACUAUCUAGCGAAUUCGAUGUUGUACCAUGUUUACAAGCAACACCUUCUGGACGUGAUCGUCGGUCCCGAAAGCAGUCCGCAACUGGAGGACCUUCUCAUGACGUCUUGUGGAACUGGGUUUUGCAUUGGUGAAUUUCUUGGCGCACUCAGUGAGCAGUUUCCGAAUCGGCAGGUCGAGGUGGCGUUCACGGCUAGAAAGGCGCCACUGAUCGUAUUCGUUGAGAAUCGUGCAAGAUUCAGACUCCACGGAAGGAUGAACAUGUUUGUGAGACCGGGCAAUGCGACGCAAGUCAAGGAGAUGGUGAUACGCUCAGAUACCACGAUGACGGCCAAUGUGAUCAUGUGGAUCAAUGGCACACGGAUCAUUGGAAACGCAACAAUUGAAAAUCUCGAUUUCAGACUGCUUGAAACAAAGGUAGGUCAGUUUCGAAAUGACUGUGUAGAUAGU